AUGCAUGUGUGUGUGUCUGUAUACCAGCCACCCACAGAUGAGUUAACUCUGAUAUCUGUCUGUCCAUCCCCAGCCUCCGACUCGCUGCCCAAGCCGUGUCCACUACCCGGGGUCUACAACUACGUCCAGCGCCACUCCCAGUGCACCGGCCAACUGGACAUUGGAUGCUCACGUGACUCGGAGAUUGUCGUUGACGGACGCUGUCCUGGCGGCGAAUCCGCUGAUGUCCUUCAGUGUUAUCACAACUGGACGGAAGGUGACCGGAUCUACGUCAUCGCAGGUCGGGCGGGGGAUCUGAGAAAGGCGGCUGAUUGUCUGGUGUGCAAAGUCACUGCCAAUGGAUAUGAGCUUGAGGCAGACCCAGCUUGUGGAAAUGAAAGGCUUCAUGUCCUGGGUCGGCCCAUGGAGUUCAUCAUCAAUUCCCCCAGUAAACUGUGUUCUGCCACAACAUCUCGACCAGCAGUUUACCCAGCUCAGUCUCAAGAAUCCCGUGACCAAACUGGCAUUUAUGACACCAACCCUAGCAAGGGCAUUCACUCUGGUGAAAUCGUUGAGAAGCACAGUUCCAGUCUAGGCAGUAAGAAAACAAGUGGAAUCAUAAAUGCAGACAACAAGGGCCAAAACAAUCUACCGCAAUCAUUCAUUAUUUGGCCAACAGUUUUGUUGUGUGUUUUAUAUAACUUCAGGUGA